UUUCGCCUUGUAUCCUUUGUGUGUGGCCAUAGACAAAGAUAAGGAAGAAAGAUAAGAGAGAAAGAGAGAGAAGAAAAAUUAUCGUAUGAAUUAUGAUUUAGUUAUUGAAAGAGUACUGAACAGAGCUUUUGAUGAACAUGAACUGCUGCAGCAUUGGCCUUCUUCACAUCCCCAAGGCCUUGCCUUCUCUCUCCUCUUCCAAAACUCUUUUCCCUUCUCUCUCUUCUCCCUUUAAGCUUCACAAUUUGAAUAUUUUGCCUUCCAAUUCAAACCCCAAAAAUUUUGAGAUAGUCGGAAGUAUCAAAGAAGAAGAUCCCAUUGGGUAUCUUGAUAAAAAGAAAACAAGUUUAGCUCUUCAACUUGCUGCCUUUUUAGCCACUGUUGGGGAGCCAGCAAGUGCAGUAACAGGAGACAACAACCAUGAAGUUCCUUUAACAUGGGUUUUGGCACAAUUAGGCUUUGUUGGAUUCUUUUACUUCCUUGUCUUUCCUCCGAUCAUCAUGAAUUGGCUGAGGAUAAGAUGGUAUAGAAGAAACUUGUUGGAAAUGUAUAUCCAAUUCAUGUGUGUCUUCCUCUUCUUCCCUGGAAUUCUAUUAUGGGCGCCAUUUUUGAACUUCAGAAAGUUUCCACGAGAUCCAUCAAUGAAGUAUCCAUGGUCAACACCUCAAGACCCAUCUCAGAUAAAAAAUGCAUACUUGAAAUACCCAUUUGCUAAGCCUGAAGAUUAUGAUUGGUAACCGUCGUCUGCAAAAAUUCCUCUUCCAAAGGCUCAACCUUUUUCCUUCAAAUUCAUGAAUGAAAAUUAAUAUAUACUUUGUUGUAAUCUUGUAUAAUCCACAUCAUCCAAGAAAAUAUAUCAGUCUUGUUUCUUUGAUUGCUCACUA